AUGGGCCGUCUUCAGGAAUACGAGGUCAUCGGGCGCCACUUGCCCACCGAGGUUGACCCUACACCCGCCCUCUACCGCAUGACCAUCUUCGCCCCUAACGAGACGGUCGCUAAGUCCCGAUACUGGUACUUCUUGCGUGGUCUCAAGAAGGUCAAGAAGGCCACUGGUGAGAUCGUCAGCGUCAAGUCGGUUCACGAGAAGCACCCCCUCAAGGUCAAGAACUUCGGUAUCUGGAUCCGAUACGACUCUCGUUCCGGCACCCACAACAUGUACAAGGAGUACCGUGAGCUGUCCCGAACAGAUGCCGUCGAGUCCCUCUACUCCGACAUGGCCGCCCGCCACCGUGCCCGUUUCAGGUCCAUCCACAUCCUCCGCGUCGUCGAGAUCGAGAAGACCGAGGACAUCAAGCGACCUUACAUCCGCCAGCUCACCCAGAAGAACCUGAGCUUCCCCCUCCCCCACCGUAUCACCAAGGAGAACACCCAGAAGCUCUUCAGCGCGAAGCGACCUUCCACUUUCGCUUAA